AUGUUGCUGAUCGGCGGCUUGCCGAUGUUCUAUAUGGAAUUGGCCCUUGGUCAAGUUCCAUCGAUCUGGCUGUGUGAGCAUUUGGCGGAAGGCAUCGGGUACGGUAUCUGUUUCAUCUGCACGUUCAUAGCCUGUUUCUACAACGCCAUUAUUGCACACGCUGUCUAUUUUGUUGCAAGCUCGAUAGCG